AUGGCGCAAGAUAUAAUGCUGUCUACGGCUUGUCGCUGUUGCUUGAUGGAGGAUAAUGAUAUGGUGUAUGUUUUUGAUAUACUGGACGAAUUCAAUAUGAAAAUAAACGAACUAAUAGUUCGUAACGGUGCUAUUACGAUAUUGGAAGACGAUGCCUUCUCCAAACAUAUCUGCGGAAAUUGUUUAAAUGAUUUGGCGAUAGCAGAACGGUUUGUCCUGCGAUGUCGAAAAACGAACGAUUUGUUAAUGAAUCUCAUAGUGGAUAAUCCACAAGAGAGCAAUGCAAGCAUGAUAGAAGAUAACGAACACGUUGCCGAUCCAAGCGAGGAAGAUGUAUCAUAUGUCCUAGUUUCAACAGGAUCCGAUUGCGGAAUGCUUGUAGAACAUUCGAUGGUCGAGGACCAAUCUAUAGGGGAAAUAAGACAUUUUGCAGAAGACGUUCAUACAACAUCAUUCAUGGCAGCAGAUCCCACAAGUAUAGACAAUGAUGUAUUGUUGCUUAACCGCAAAAACAAACUCCUUACGGCCAAACAUGUUUGUUUCGAUGUAGCUCAAGAAGACACGUUAGAAUACGAAAGUAAUACAUUAGAUAAUGAAGAUGCAUCCAGCAUAAAGGAGAUGACUGAAAUCAGCGUCAACAAUGAACUGUAUGCAGAAAUUUUCAAUCAAAACCAUACCAAAGCUCAGACACCAACCGAUUCGUUGGGGGAUUACAACAACUUGGACUUCUUGGGCAGUGAUGACGAAAGAAAUUCAAAGGUUAUUAGUGGAAAAUUAUACGAUUUUAAGCACAACUGUGACCAAUGUGGCGCUAGUUUUGUAAAGGCUAAAAACUAUGCUCGCCAUCUACAAUCACAUAAUAUUUUAGCAUGCCAGGAAUGUUUAAAAAUUUUCAACAGUGAACAGAUUUUGUUGAAACAUCAAACAAUGUGCCAACGUGGCUCUGAACAUCGUGUUGUAAAGUCAUCUUUCGAUCAGGAACCACAGGAUUCAAACUUUUUUCAGCGGAGAAAAUCUUUCAUUUGUCCAUACUGUAAUAAACCGUUUGUUUCUCAAUCUGCGCUAGCAACUCAUGAACGCACGCACACCGGCGAGAGACCAUUUGCCUGUAACUAUUGUGCCAAGCGCUUUAAAACAUUAGCAGGAGUAGAUUUACACGAGCGGAGGCACUCUGGAAACAAGCCAUAUGCUUGUCAGAUAUGCAAUAAGCGGUUCGCUGAGAGCAGCAAUCUAAAGGUACAUAUGUUACAGCAUACGAAGGAAAAACCCCACGUCUGCACAAUCUGUAGUCGAGCGUUUGCUCGAGUUUUUCUUCUUCAGCUCCACAUGAGAACACAUACGGGAGAAAAACCAUAUGCUUGUGUAGUAUGCGAACAACGGUUUUCACAGCAGGGCGAUCUAGCGUCGCAUCAUCGAAUUCACAGUGGUGAAAAACCGUAUGCCUGUGAUAUUUGCGGAAAAAAAUUCACCAAGAGCAGUGCUGCCACACAGCAUCGGAAAAGUCACAAGAAUCAAUUGAUUGUGGAAAACAUAGAAAACACUACGGGAUUGGAUAUUGAACUUUCCUGA